AUUCGGCCGUUUACGAGCGUGUAUCUUGCUGGACGACGAGGAAGAGCUUGUUUUCGCUGUCAACAUCAUGCCUACAAGCACAGAUCCUCUGACGAUGUUGCCCAUUAUCGACGGAUUUCACAAGAAUGAAGAUGCCCGGGAUGGGGGUUACGGACGACUCACGCUUGUCUAUGGGGCAUCAUGUGUGGGAAAGGCAGAGGUAUCACUGUUUGACGAUACUCCGGACCGAAGGCUCGUUGUUCAUGUGGAUGGACUCUGACGUCAAAGCUGGUCAAAGCUGUCGAGUGUGGAUGUCGCGUCAUUUACAUGCGCUCAGUACAUUAGAAAGAUGCGCUCAGCACAUCACCGGUCUGAAAGUUUCUCUGGUACGCCUUCUUGCUCCGUACCACUCUCCUCUCAUCGUUUCAUUCGAGCUUGAGCCGCAACCCGUUGGAAACUCUGCUUGCAUCCACUUGAUUGUUCGCCAUCGUUGUGUGGCAGUCAUGAUCGGCAGAAAGUCUCUUUUUGGAAAGUCAUCGUUAACCCAUCAACCUUUCCGAACACCCACACAGUUACCCUCGACCGGCGAUCGACCGAGCACCCCUAGAUCUACCGAUGCCCGAGCAUACGGAUCAAAUGCCACAGCAAACACAUCGUCCAGGCCUUCCGGCAGCAGCCACCCGCCGCGAUCUUCAACAGCGACUCCGGGAAACUCUUCGUCUUCAACCCCUCGACUCUCGCAUGAGGACAUUCAGCGAUAUUUGAGAGAACAACACGAUCAAUUCGAAGACACGUUGGCAAACUUUGUCGAAUCCCUUAGCGACACAAUUGGCCCUCUUGUUGUCUCUGCUGUUCAAAAUGAACUUCGUUCGCAUCUGGCAUCCGGCGCCAUCAGCUCGCUUUCUGCGUCGUCAACACCAUCUGCUCAACCCGCCUUACCCGGCAGUGCCGCCGAUACAUUCCUCACGAAAGGCCCAAAGACUCUGAAGCAGAUGAUAAAGAAUUUUCUCUCUGGCUAUGUGCCAGGCUAUGCCUCCCUGACAGGGGCACAGAUCACCGGAUAUGGCGCGGGAAACACGGAUGCCAAGCAGUUGCUAAGCGAUCUCACAGACCCGAUGCAAGAACAUCCGCAGUGCGCCAAGCUCGAGGAAACAUUGGUAGACUUUCUUGAGGAUGAGCCACAGCUUCGAUCGUACCCACUGGACACUGUCUAUUCGGAAAUGUUCUCAGUCGUUCGCAAUCGAAUCAUAAAUUUGAAGAGCGGUCGAGUCAAAGAAGAAGCGAAAGUGUCUACCCAUGGUGAAGCCAUCAAACGAGGCAAGCGAAGCAUCCCAACUGACUGGGAUGAUCUUCAGAGGGGUAGCAAACACACACCUCCCCUCAAACCGGUCUCCGCUGAUUCGCCGUUUGACGUUGAUGAUUCCGACGAUGUGCAGGAUGAAGAGGACGGCCCAAGGAGACAAACCCAUACGCCCGGCAAACCAAUCGGACGAACCCCCAAUUCGCACGCUGGUGAACUGACACCGCAACUGAUGGCCUGUCACAUCAGCAUGCAACCGAUCCAUAUCGAACCUCGCUCCCCGUCGCCUUUACCCCGUCUCCCGACAUACCAGUUGAGACAGACCUCCCGGAGCAGGACAAUGUGGCCAGUGUUGGUGAUGAUGACACGGUUCUCAACGCUUUGGCAACGGUGAAUGGUACACUCCCGGCGGAUGACGACACCAGUCCCACCUCCGAGAUGAUCCGUGCGCUCUACACCACAAUCGCAGCAGAGAAAGAGCAGAGUCGCAAUAUCAAAAGUGUCCUGCACAAGAAGGCAAAUCGCCCAACAUCUGGGGGCCUGAUUACAACGUUAGCUGACAUGAUCUUGGACCCUUCCACCAUCACCGGGAUGGAUCGUGUAUACAAGACUGGCCUGGGCAUUUACGAAGAGCCCAAUGCUGUUGUCGU